CAAAGUUACUUCGUUUCUUGGUAUAAGACGAUGAUGUGGUGAUCAUGAUGCGACAUAUAAUGUUUAGUACUCAUCGGCAAAAUGUUCUUGCAACUUUUUUCCCUUUUCUUCGGUCCUCAAGGUGUGGUAUUCUGUUGAUUUCCCAUCCCUUAGGUACUUUUGCAUGUUUUCAUUGUCCCUGCUUCAGACGUACAUAACACCUACCUACGCAAAGGCUCAAAGAGAAUUACCGCUUCCACACUAUAUGUCCUCUCCGCCAUUGUCCAGGACACCAACUGCUUAGAGCCACCUUAGAAGUACAGAAACCAAAGAUGAGACCGCAAGUGGUAGGGGCAAUCCUCCGCUCUAGAGCUGUUGUCAGCAGACAACCUCUUUCGAGGACCCAUAUCUUUGCUGCCGUCACUGUUGCAAAGUCCUCAUCACCUGCCCAGAACUCGAGAAGAACCUUUUCAUCCUCUUUCCGACGGUUGUAUGAGCCAAAGGCGGAGAUAACAGCUGAGGGACUUGAGUUGAGCCCUCCACAGGCUGUUACGGGUGGAAAGCGGACUGUUUUACCCAACUUCUGGCUACGUGACAACUGCCGGUGUACGAAAUGCGUGAACCAAGAUACUCUCCAGAGAAACUUCAACACUUUUGCCAUCCCCUCCGACAUCCACCCAACAAAGGUUGAAGCCACCAAGGAGAACGUCACCGUCCAAUGGUCCGACAACCACACAUCCACCUACCCCUGGCCCUUCCUCUCUUUCUACCUCACCUCCAACGCGCGCGGGCACGAAAACGACCAGAUCUCCCUCUGGGGCUCCGAAGCCGGCUCCCGCCCGCCAACCGUCUCCUUCCCUCGCGUGAUGGCAUCAGACCAGGGCGUCGCCGACCUAACCGCCAUGAUCAAAGAGUUCGGCUUCUGUUUCGUCAAAGACACACCCCAUGACGACCCGGACGUGACCCGCCAGCUUCUGGAGAGAAUCGCCUUUAUCCGAGUGACCCAUUACGGCGGCUUUUACGAUUUCACGCCCGACCUCGCGAUGGCCGACACGGCGUACACGAACCUGGCGCUGCCGGCGCAUACGGAUACGACGUACUUCACGGACCCGGCGGGGUUGCAGGCUUUUCACUUGUUGGAGCAUAAGGCCGCUCCUUCUCGUCCUCCUCCUCCUCCUCCUCCUCCUCCUCCUCCUUCUGAAGAAAAAGAAGCUGCAGGCUCAGCAGCAGGGGAGGCGGCGGCGGCAGCAGAAGGGGGAAAGUCGUUGUUGGUCGAUGGGUUCAACGCCGCGAGGAUUCUGAAGGAGGAGGAUCCCCGGGCUUAUGAGAUCUUGAGCAGCGUGAGACUGCCGUGGCAUGCGAGUGGAAACGAAGGGAUCACGAUUGCGCCCGAUAAGCUUUAUCCGGUGCUGGAACUGAAUGAGGAUACCGGGGAACUGCAUAGGGUUAGGUGGAAUAAUGAUGAUAGGGGUGUGGUGCCGUUUGGGGAGAAGUACAGCCCGUCAGAGUGGUAUGAGGCGGCGAGGAAGUGGGAUGGGAUUUUGAGGAGGAAGAGCAGCGAGUUGUGGGUGCAGUUGGAGCCGGGGAAGCCGUUGAUCUUCGAUAACUGGAGGGUUCUUCAUGGACGGAGCGCGUUCUCGGGUAUUAGGAGGAUUUGUGGAGGGUAUAUCAACCGCGAUGACUUCAUCUCUCGGUGGAGGAACACGAAUUACCCAAGGAGCGAGGUUCUUCCGAGGGUUACUGGUUAAGGACUGAUUAUCUGGAGGAUGGUGAAUAUUCUCAGGAACGACCGUGGUGUCUCUUCACGUCUCCCGUAUGGAUCUUGGAUAACGGAUAAUUGUUAGACCAAACAUUUACCUAGAUUUUGACUAGGAGGCUUUCUAUCCGCCCUUUUAGUUGUAAACAGCCACAAGGAUGACCCAGAAGAAUGGCAAGUUAUCAUUCUUAUAAAUCGGAAAGAAACCAGCGGAAAAUGAAGCAUCGCCUACAUGUUAAGGUCCAAGACACAGUAAUGAA